GGCACCUCCAUGGUUCCUGAUUUUUCAUCCAAUGGUUUGAUGGUGAUUUUUUGGCACCUUGUAGUUCGGUGAAGGCCAGAGGGAUGGGGGAGCAGGUUUCAGCUUGAUUUAUGGUUUUAUUAUUUCCGACUUGAAACUUUCAAACUCGGACUCUACUGCUGGACCAACUGCUCCCAUCAAGUUGUUUACAAUGGUCAGCACCUUACUGCGGCAUCCAGCAUGAGAUGGAAGGAGCGUUUGCACAUCAGACAUUUCUGAACUAUAAGUUUCGCAAAGAAGACAGGUCCACACUUUGACCUACAAAUUAAGGAAACAAGAGAUAGAAACUGGUUUCCUGUGGGUCAUGGUAGUUGCCUCAAACCAAGAGACUCAAACAAGAGAUCUGCAGGCAACUUAAUCUAUCUACCCAGCAUCAUAGCACACGGAGUCUGUUUGGUGGUUUCAUGGAUUGAGAAUCUAUAGGCCGUCAUCAACAAAGGCAGAUGUACAUCCCAAUCCCUCUGAUUGUUGGCAACAAAUGCUGACAACAUAUUUUCUAAGCAUAAAUCCUAUCUGCAGAUCAGACAUAUGUAACUCGUGCAUUCUGCUAAGAUUAAUGACAGUGUCAACAGACUCGGAUUCCUUAAGAUUCCCAGAAUUCACAACGGAGCAAGAGAUCAUAGGUUCUGCUUCCAUCUCGGUAGUGGAAGAGGACAACAUAUCUUUCUGUACAUGCCAACCUGCCAAUAUCAGCUCCUCAGAUCCAUGACGGAGAACCACUUAGCCCCAGAUAAGGAAUCUAACGUAUCAUCAGUUCUUGGAAGUGGGUGUCAAUCUUUAAUAGUACAAUUAUUUAAUGAAUGGAAGAUGCGUAUUUGAACACAACAGAGGUACUGUUGUGCCCGAUAUAGCACUGGGUACCCUCAUCCUUCACUUAAUGUUGUUCGGUGGCCCGGAACAGAAGAAGUUUAACGCAUCUAUGCUGUUAUUCUAACUACACCACACAGGAUUUUGACAGGUCUCGUCCUUAAGCCCUUCCCUUUUUCGCUGGCUGGUUAUAUAAGGCUGAAGAGACACUUUGCUCCCCACAGGACAUUUGCUCUCUGUCCAUCCUCCAAGCUGUCGACCAGGGCCUUCAUCGUUUUUCAACAUGCCUCUAGGAAUCCCAUGUGGCCAAUACUUAGGCUUCCUUGCCUACUUUAACAGAGUGUCAAACUGUGGCGUUGUUGGUAGAAACGAACUGAGGGCCAUCCUGGAGCGAGCUGGCCGGGAUCCGAGCGAAAACGAGAUUCAGCGAAUCCUAGACAGUGUCAGUGUUGAUCCUCGAGGAAUCAACUUCCAGGCUUUCAUAGAUUACGUGCGUACUUUCCAGCAGCUGCGUAACGUCGACUCUGAGUACAGAGAGGCCUUCCGUAUCUAUGAUCGCAGUGGAGCAGGGAAACUCACACAGGAGGACGUCGCUUAUGUCUUCAAGAAACUACGCGUCGACGUUGACGUUCCCGCACUCUUCAAGGUGGCCGAUGCUGACGAGAAUGGCACAAUUGAGUACAACGAAUUCGUUGACCUCAUGAACAAGACCUUAUAAAGCUGACCCAGGAACCAUAUAACAGAUCUAACACUUUCUAAGACCUUGAACAGCGGAUGGAUGUAUUUUUUUUUAUAGUUUUCCCUUUUUUAACACAAAUUUAUUUGCUUAUUCGGUACAAAAUCUGCAUUAGGGGCAGUGGGUUUGUGCUAAUGAUAAGUGAAUCGAUUUUGAACUUUUUUUCAUGUACAGAAGUGGCAAUAAAUAAGAACUGUGGCCAAAAUUGUUUUGAUACUGAGUCUUAGUUAUACUGUUUGUUCUCUGAUUUCACGCGUUUUCUUAGCGGAAGAUAACACCAAACUCACUCACCCUUACCUGAAGACAACACCAAACUC